UCACCUGGUUAACAGUAAGUCCAAACUGUCUCAUCAAAUACCUGGUCGUUUUUUCCACCAAGCGUAGUUUGAGCGGUGUCGUUAAGUUAACAAGAAAGCGGAACUAGCCUGCUAGCUGGAGUUAGCUGGGGUGACUAUUUGUCCUGGUCCGUCUCCUUUUCCCUACCAGGAUACAUGAGAACAACCACAACAUUUUUUUAAAAAAUGCCGCAGAACAUUGAGCUCGGAGCCACAGGCGGAGCUGCUAAGCAGGACAGCACCAACAUGGACGAGAUGAGUGUGGAACAAAUGGCUGUCAGAGCCAACCAGCUGACUGAUGAGUCCCUGGAAAGCACACGGAGGAUGCUGCAGAUGGCAGAGGAGAGCCAACAGACAGGAAACAAAACCAUGGAGAUGCUUGACCACCAAGGAGAGCAAAUUAAGAAUGUGGAGCGGGGCAUGGACCAGAUCAACCAGGACAUGAGGACGGCGGAGAAAAACCUGACGGACCUGUCCAAGUGCUGCGGCCUCUGCGUCUGCCCCUGCGACAGGGUGUCAUCCAUGGAGAACGACUCUCGUUACAAACGCACGUGGGGCGUGGGCGAAGGCGACGGCAAAGGCUCCAACGUCGUCUCCAGGCAGCCUUCAGGCGUUCGCAACGGCCAGACCGCCCAGACGAGCGCCGCGGCGCCGUCCGGCCCCUACAUCAACAGAGUGACCAACGACGCGCGGGAGGAUGAAAUGGAGGAGAACCUCCAGGCCGUCGGCGGCAUCAUUGGCAACCUGAAGGACAUGGCUCUGAAUAUGGGCAACGAGAUCGAGAGGCAGAACACUGAUAUCGAUCGCAUCAACGAUAAGGCGGACUCGAAUAAAGCCCGCAUCGACGAAGCAAACGCAAGAGCCAACAAGCUCAUCAAAUAGACGAGGAAGCCUUCCGCUCGCCUCAGACGUCCACUUUGAGCCCGUUCCGCAACACGCAAUAGAACACGUCUGCACAAACACACACUUUCGUACCGAGAUGAAAACGUAAAAACAAUUUAGAUCACAGAGACUUUUCGCCAGGGAGCCUUUGACAGCGUCUGCCUUGCUGUAAGUAGUCAUGCUGGACUGUCUGGGGCGGUGAGGGAAUCAGAAACUGGGCCAAAGAGGAAGCGACUGACCGAGCGCCGCUGCUGUCUGAUACCAAAUAUCCCAACAUGGCAGCCGAACGCUCGCCGUGAGUAAAACGAGCUCCGGUCAGCUGGUUUCUCUCUUCCUCAGAUUUCCAGUGUGCGUCACUUAUUCACACCUAGAGGCCGCAGAUAAAUCCAAAAUGGAAAAUUCUCAAAUCCUAGCUUCAUUAUUAUCAUUAUUAUUAAUCCAGUUAUUAUUGUGUAACGAAGCUCAUUGUUACGGGUUGCUGUGAUCUGAUUAUGCCUAAUUUAAUUAUCCGCCAAGCAGAAAUGAAGUGAGGAUAGAGGUGUUUCUUCCACUGUUUGUUCCCAUGUUUUUGCCAUUUCAGAUCUACAGGCGUAUCCCAAGAAAUUAGACGUGGGAAUAUCGUUCAGGAAUUUCAUUCGAGAAGUGAAACUCUUGCGUUGUGUAGACUCAAAACAAAAUAUAUAUCAAAAUAAAAAUCUGUGCGCCUGAAAAAAAGGACUUUUUUAAUACAGAUAAAGUAUGUCCAAGGACUGGGCAGUAUAUGAACAUAGUCAUCAAAAUUGAAAUGCAUAACUCUUAUGCCUAAUAAUGAGCUUCACUACUUGAUUUGAAUUGAAAAAACUACUUUUUAAUGAUAUUAUAUUUCUUGGAGAUUGGCCUGUAAGUCCUGUUUCAAAAACCUUCCAAAUCCAGAAUCAGGACAAAUCUCUUCGUGCUGGAAUUAACAAAAAGCUUCCCCAUUAAUUUCUCACAUUUUGAUCCUUCAGACUGAGGCUCUUGUAUAAAUAUAAUAAUUUCCUAUCGUAAGAAUUCAUAUCUACCAAUCCUUCAUUAAUUUAUUAGCUCCUAAAGCAAAUAUCAACACUGAAUUUGGGAAUAGAUGGCGAGGCUUAACCAUUAAAACAUCAGCUGUGUUACAUUUAUCUUUAGGUUUUUUUUGUUUUUGUUUUUUUUUUUUUUAGGUUUUUCUCUCUGAUAGCAGUGUUGAUGUAAAUAUGAAAUAUCCUCUAACUGUGUAGUCAUUCUCUCAACCUGACUGCAUUUUUUUUUUCUUCAUGAUGGUUUAAUAGAUUUAUUGCUCCCAAUUGGAGACUGAGCUCCUUCACAAAUGUGCAGAAAAUUCACUUCCUCAUAUUCUGUAAUUGCACAAUCUGUAAACGUAUAAAAACAAAUGUUCAGUCUUCAAACACAUUUGUAAUAUGUUAUUUUUUUUUUCUGCAUUUUGUUUAAUAUGUCACUCGGGCAUUGUUUUAUUUUUGUUUUUUUUGUGGGUUCCUGGGCGUAUGCUGCAGCUUUGAGAAUUUCCCAUUCAAAAGGCUUUGUCGUUUUGUUUUUAUAUAGUGAUAUGUGAUCUUCCCCAUAUAAAUUACAAUUACUGUGUUGUAACAGUCAUUGUAUCACCUGCUGCAACCACUCGGUCUGUUUAAACAACGCAGCCUCUGUGAGCGUUAUUACAGCCGACAAUAAAACAUUAUAUUUUGCCAGCGCGGCCAGGCUGAGGGAUUGCAGCUGGCAGCAGGAUGCAGAAACAUACGCAGCGAUGCAAAUGAGCUGCUUAAGGUUGACGCUGCAUGUAUCCGGUGGGGGCUCCGCCACGGUCUCACAGGGUACAGAGCGCCUAACGAUAAGUAAUAGUGCACUCUGAACCCGUCUCCUGUCAGCAUCUCCUGGCUUAUUUGUUCUGAAAAAACAAAACAAUUGUCUGCCUGCCUUGGCUGCAGGCGUAUAGAGUUUGUAAAGAUUGGCAUAAGCUGUUGUUCAGUGCUCCGUGGUGCUCUGAGUGAUCAUCAUCAUCAUCAGCUUGUUACCAGUGACUUGAGAUCUAAUUAGUCUGACGCUGCCCGCCAGCAGUCUGCUCUUCGUGUCACCAACAGCUACCGGAAUGUAAAUGGUCUGUUUUCAGUUUGUUCAUAUUCAGCUCGACCUAACAGAAACCGGCUUAGUUUUGAACACAGUGCAGUUGUUUCACAUCUGUCUCUAUCACUUUGUUUAUACUCAAUAAACUACACUCUGAAGUUUGA